AUGGGCUGUGAGGGUAGCAAGAACAUCGGCGAGAGGCUUAGAAAAGAUUCUAACACUGAGCAUGAAGCGGCAGAGCAGCCCGUGUCCGAUCUAGACGAUGCGCCGGUUACAACUGUGGCCUCUCCCAUCGCCGCCAUCAUCAGUGCUUCGCCUGCUUCGCCUCCGCGUGAAGUCGAAGAGAACUGGGAGGUGUGCGGGGCGCUCACCUCAUCUUUAGAGCUAUGUGCCACUAGUUUGCCGACCGAGAAUAACGCGACCUCGGAGUCAACGCUUUCUGCGGCUGAUACCGAGUCCUCUGAGGAGCUAUCAAAGUCCAAGAUGCUCACAAGGAAUUACGAGCAGCCGAGCACUGUUAAUGAGCUGCCAGUUUCUGCCAGUGAGAAGCCGCGCGCUAUUGUCGAUCGGCAACACGAACUCUUUACCAAGCUCCGCCAGCAGGAGAACCAGGACCAGCAUGUGAUGGACAAAGGCUCGCCUUACGCUGGCCCGGGCCCCGCAGCGGAGUUCCCGGUCGAACAAAUCUACCGUUGCUUUAAUACACAGAACGGCCUUCUGUUCCGCUUGGUGAACAACAAGCGACAUAUGUGGGCGUUCUACAACGACACGACGAUGUACGUGAUGCGAGUGUCUGUCACCUUCGGCCCGGAGAGCUCUGUCAAGGCGCUUGGCAACACACGCCAGAUAAUGCUCAACGAGGAGACGGGCGAGUGCCGGCUGGUUCUGGAUGUGGCACCAGGGGAGACCCAGAAGUUCAUGCGCGGUGAGUACAACGGCUUUAUUACGUGCUACGCCGCGGAUCCACUGGACGAUAUCUCCGACUUUGAUGCAGGCACGAUGCUCCCCCAGUAA